AUGCCAAUAAUGUCAGUAGGUGGUGCAACGUUCACGGUUGCUGCCAUAACCGACUUUGAACGAUCCAAACGACGAAUGCGAUAUUUUUGGGGUGAUCCAAUGGAUUUCUUUAGUAAUCCAUCACAGCAACAACAGCAUUUUGCAAACGAAUGGUGGGUUGCAUUGACCGAUGGACAGAAGACAUGCUUAUCGAUAUUGGCUAUUAAUAGUGCGAUAUUUCUGUUGUGGAGAAUUAAGUCACUCGAAUUGUUCAUGUGGAGAUAUUUUACAAAUAGUUACGCAUCAAAAGCGUUAUGCCUUCCAAUGGUGUUAAGUGCAUUCUCACAUUCACACUGGUUGCAUCUUGGUGUAAAUAUGUAUGUAUUAUAUUCAUUUGCCGGUGUCUCAAUUGACAGAUUUCUUGGAUUGGAUCAAUUCAUGGCAUUCUAUCUGACCGCAUCGUCUGUUUCAUCGUUAACAAGUUUAGCGCAUAAAUGUGUCGUCGGAUCUCCAGUUCGUGCUCUUGGCGCG